CCCAGAGCUCUGCCUCUCCCCAGAAGGAAAAGGAGAAAAAUGACCAAGUUCCAGGAGGCGGUGACGUUCAAGGACGUGGCGGUGGUCUUCAGUGAGGAGGAGCUGGGGCUGCUGGAUUCCACCCAGAGGAAGCUGUACCGUGACGUGAUGCUGGAGAACUUCAGGAACCUGGUCUCUGUGGGGCAUUCAUCCUCCAAACCAGAUAUGAUAUCCCAGUUGGAGAGAGAGGAGGAGAAGCUUUGCGUGAAGGAGAUCCGCACUGAAAGAGGAGGCAGGAAUCCAAAUGAGGUGGAAACUCUUCGCGAAGCAGGAAUCAGGUGCCUGUCACUGGGGGAGCUUUCAUGCUGGCAAAUCAAGAGACACGUUGGAAGCAAAUUAACCAAAAACCAAGACUCUGGGAUAAAUAUUCAAGGAAAGAGUGCUCCGUUCUUCGACCAGAGUGACUCCCCCUGCCAGAGGGGAGCCGGGAUAUGCGUUCAGGCUUCGGUGGAGGACAGCUGCUUUAUGAACCUUCUGGAGGAUCAUUCGAAGAUCCUUGAAAACCAAGAAUUUCCGGCCGGGAGAGUUCAGAGUCCUUGGAGUGAGAUCUAUCUCAGCGAAACACAGAACUACCAGCGAAGUUGUAAGCAGACUCAGAUGAAAAACCAACUAUGUAUAUUUGCUCCGUAUGUUAACAUCUUCAGCUGUAUUUCACGCCACGAUGACGACACCGUGCACCGGAGGGCCAGAGCGCACAACGGUGACUGCGGGAAGGUGUCCCCUCUUCUCCAGCAGACCUACCACCGCAGUGACCGCGAGAAGGCGUUCGGCGGUGGCCACAGUCUUGAGCUUCACCGGCAGGUGCACUCGGGAAAGUCCCCCCCUUACGGCGCACGUGACAAGGGCAGCGGUUACAGCGCGGCUGCUCCCGUUCAGCAAAGUGUCCACACAGGAAAGAAACGCUAUUGGUGUCACGAGUGUGGGAAGGGUUUCAGCCAGAGCUCCAACCUGCAGACUCACCAGAGGGUCCACACAGGGGAGAAGCCCUAUUCGUGCCUUGAGUGCGGGAAGAGCUUUAACCAGACCUCGCAUCUUUAUGCGCAUUUGCCUGUCCACACCGGAGAGAAGCCCUACCGCUGUGAGAGCUGUGGGAAGGGCUUCAGUCGGAGCACGGACCUGAACAUCCACUGCCGCGUUCACACGGGAGAGAAACCCUACAAGUGCGAGGUGUGCGGGAAGGGCUUCAGUCAGCGGUCGCACCUGCAGGCCCACGAGAGGAUCCACACCGGAGAGAAGCCGUACAAAUGUGGGGACUGCGGGAAGCGCUUCAGCUGUAGCUCCAACCUGCAUACCCACCAGCGGGUCCACACGGAGGAGAAACCGUACAAGUGCGAGGAGUGUGGCAAGUGCUUCAGUUUGAGCUUUAAUCUCCACAGCCAUCAGCGAGUGCACACCGGAGAGAAGCCGUAUAAGUGCGAAGAGUGUGGGAAAGGCUUCAGUUCGGCCUCCAGUUUCCAGAGCCACCAGAGGGUUCACACGGGAGAGAAACCGUUCCGAUGCCACGUGUGUGGCAAGGGCUUCAGCCAAAGUUCGUAUUUUCAAGCUCACCAGAGGGUCCACACGGGAGAAAAGCCAUACAAAUGCGACGUGUGUGGGAAGCGCUUCAACUGGAGCUUGAAUCUCCACAACCAUCAGAGGGUCCACACGGGGGAGAAGCCGUAUAAAUGUGAGGAGUGCGGGAAGGGCUUCAGCCAGGCCUCAAAUCUGCAGGCUCACCAGAGUGUCCACACGGGGGAGAAGCCGUUCAAGUGUGAGGCGUGCCAGAAGCGAUUCAGCCAGGCCUCCCAUCUUCAGGCGCAUCAGCGGGUCCACACCGGAGAGAAGCCGUACAAAUGUGACACGUGUGGUAAGGCCUUCAGCCAGAGGUCAAAUCUUCAAGUCCAUCAGAUCAUCCACACGGGAGAGAAACCAUUUAGAUGCGAGGAGUGUGGGAAGGAAUUCAGCUGGAGCGCCGGGCUCAGUGCUCAUCAGAGAGUGCACACGGGGGAGAAGCCCUAUACGUGUCAGCAGUGCGGUAAAGGCUUCAGUCAGGCCUCGCAUUUUCACACCCAUCAGAGGGUCCACACCGGGGAGAGGCCAUACAUAUGUGAUGUCUGUUGCAAAGGCUUCAGUCAGAGAUCCCAUCUUGUGUAUCACCAGAGAGUGCACACUGGAGGAAACCUAUAGACGGCUUCG